UGAUAUAGAUAGAGACGUGACAGCUGAUCAGAUGCCUUGGUUCUCUCAGUGUUUUUUUGUUGAAAUGUGUAGAUACAAAUGACUUUCCUGUUUAUCACCUCUCUUGGAGGAAGUACAACUGUUCAAGUCAAUUCAUUUUGCAAAUUAAGCUAGAAAAAAAAUGAUUCUUGAUGUUUCCUAAUGAAAAAUGUAAUUGUAUGAAUAUUUAACUAUACAUGAAAAGAGUAUUUUUAUUCAACGUCAGGCUAAUUUUUGCAAAAUGAAGACUACGUGUCAAUUUUCUUUCCAUUUAGAUGUGUGAUUAGUUAUGAAGAUGAUAAACCCGCAUUGACAUAAAAAAGUAUUUAAAAACUCUAUUCAUUACUUGUUGAUUGUUUAAGAAUUUGUAGUAGAAUUUUCAAUAGGAAUGGCAACAUCAAUGUGGAUAUUGUCUUCAUAGCUAUUGAAUGCAGCUGAAGAUUGGUAACAGCCAACCAACUUGAAGAAGCAAAACAUUUCAAUAUCAUAUACUUUCACAACUAUCAUUCUCCAUUAUUUCCCUUCAUUUCUUCAAACAAACCAAAAAAUGAAUCAAACAGCCCAACCUUUGAAGAAUAUUGAAAUGUUUUGAAAUUUUAUCUGUAUAUAUUAAUGUGCAAAGUCAUUUGUAUCUGGAAUGUACUUUUGUUUUGUUUUUGAGAACAUUGUGAUGAGACAUUUUGAUGGAAGUUAGCUGAUAAUUUAUUGCAAAUUUUGCUGAGAUUAUUUUAAAAUCUUUGCAAAAGGGAAAUGUUAUGCCAUGUAUAAUGUGGAAAAUUUGUUUUUUACAUGAUUUUCUUUUACUAAUUUCUACUUAUUUUGCCAUUAAUCCACCAUUUUCUUUAUAAUUUCUGUGAUAGUAUACGAGGUGCCACGCCUCCUUCCCAGGGGACAUCAGCUGUAAAUUCUACACCUGGUAUGACUCUUUAUGACUUGCUAUUUAAAAGCAAUUGAAACACAACCAAAUUUUGCUGUGGCUUGGAGUAAUUUGGGGUGUGUUUUCAAUGCACAAGGAGAAAUAUGGUUGGCCAUUCAUCACUUUGAGAAGGCUGUUGCACUAGAUCCAAACUUCCUGGAUGCUUAUAUAAACUUGGGAAACGUACUGAAAGAAGCCAGGAUAUUUGAUAGAGCCGUGGCUGCCUAUCUUAGAGCAUUAAAUCUGAGUCCUAACCAUGCAGUGGUACAUGGAAAUCUGGCCUGUGUUUACUAUGAGCAAGGCUUGAUUGAUCUGGCCAUUGACACCUACAAACGUGCCAUUGAGUUGCAGCCUAACUUUCCUGAUGCUUACUGCAACCUGGCAAAUGCUCUCAAAGAAAAGGGAAAGGUGGUGGAAGCAGAGGAAUGCUACAACACAGCCCUAAAACUAAGUCCCACACACGCCGACUCCCUAAAUAACUUGGCCAACAUUAAGCGAGAGCAGGGAAAUACAGAAGAGGCCGUUAAACUAUAUCUUAAAGCUCUAGAGGUUUAUCCAGAAUUUGCUGUUGCCCACUCAAAUCUUGCAAGUGUGUUGCAGCAACAAGGAAAGUUGCAUGAAGCUCUUAUGCACUACAAAGAAGCAAUCAGGAUUUCUCCCACUUUUGCCGAUGCUUACUCAAACAUGGGAAACACAUUAAAAGAGAUGCAAGAUAUUCAGGGGGCCUUGCAGUGCUAUACUAGAGCCAUUCAGAUAAAUCCAGCAUUUGCUGAUGCUCACAGUAAUUUGGCAUCUAUUCACAAGGACUCUGGAAAUAUCCCAGAAGCCAUAGCCUCCUACAGAACAGCAUUGAAACUAAAACCAGACUUUCCAGAUGCAUACUGUAACUUAGCACACUGUCUACAGAUUGUGUGUGACUGGACAGACUACAGCUCCAGGAUGAAGCGCUUAGUUCACAUCGUGAAGGAUCAGCUAGCAAAAAAUCGCCUGCCCUCAGUCCAUCCCCAUCACAGCAUGCUCUACCCCCUGUCACAUAAAAUGAGGAAGGCCAUUGCUGCCAGGCAUGCAAACCUCUGCUUAGAGAAAAUUAACGUGCUGCACAAACCUCCCUAUGACCAUCCAAAAGAGUUGAAGGAACCCAAAGGUCGGCUACGAGUCGGUUACGUCAGCUCAGACUUUGGCAACCACCCUACCUCACACUUGAUGCAGAGUAUCCCAGGCUUCCAUGACAGAGAUAAUGUAGAGGUUUUCUGCUACUCCCUGAGUCCUGAUGAUGGAACGACUUUCCGUGCCAAGAUCAAUGCCGAAGCAGAACAUUGCAUAGACUUGUCACAGAUCCCAUGCAAUGGCAAAGCAGCAGACAAAAUCUUUGCUGACGGAAUUGAUAUCCUGGUGAACAUGAAUGGAUACACUAAAGGAGCUCGGAAUGAACUUUUUGCUCUAAGGCCAGCUCCCAUCCAGGUGAUGUGGCUUGGAUACCCUGGAACAAGUGGAGCCACUUUCAUGGACUACAUUCUGACAGAUGAGGUCACUUCCCCCUUAAACUUGGCUGACCAAUACUCAGAAAACCUUGCUUAUAUGCCAAACACAUUCUUUAUUGGAGACCAUAUGCAAAUGUUUCCUCAUCUAAAAGAAAAACUUUUGGUGGAAGUAGACGGAAAAGUGUCGGACAAUAACAUCAUGUUAAAUGGUGUUAACCUUGAGGCAUUGAAACAUAGUGGACAGCUUAAGACUAUUACGUACACCGCUGCUCACGGAGAGACCACGGACAAUAAUGACGGCAGUCCAGGUCAGGUUACGUUCGAGGUGAUGUCACUUCCUGUACAGCCCAUUCUCCAGACGAUGGCACAGACUGGCCUGUCUCAUUCUUGUAUCAAUGAUGUUGUAAUCCAAAAUGGAGUUACUACCAACCAGACAAAUAACAAGGCGGCAACAGGAGAAGAGAUUCCCCAGAACAUCAUCAUCAGCGCCCGCUCCCAGUACGGCCUGCCAGAGGACGCAGUCAUCUACUGUAACUUUAACCAGCUGUACAAGAUUGACCCCCAGACCCUGCACAUGUGGAUAGAGAUCCUGAAACAGGUCCCUGAUGGAGUUCUUUGGCUGCUCCGGUUCCCAGCUGUGGGAGAAACUAAUGUUUUACAGACCGCAGCCAAUGCAGGACUCUCUCCUGGCCGAAUUAUUUUCUCACCGGUGGCUCCAAAGGAGGAACACGUCAGAAGAGGACAGUUGGCUGAUGUGUGCCUGGACACCCCUCUCUGUAAUGGACACACUACAGGGAUGGAUGUGUUGUGGGCGGGAACACCAAUGGUCACUCUAUUGGACUUUGGUACUGUAGGUGAGACAUUGGCCUCUAGAGUGGCUUCUUCACAACUGAACACGCUAGGAUGUCCAGAGCUUAUUGCCAAAACCAGUGAAGAUUAUAUAAGAAUAGCUUCCAAACUUGGUACAGAUAAGGCUCAUCUACAAGCAAUGAGAGCUAAAGUUUGGAAAGCCCGCCUCACAAGCCCUCUUUUUAACUGCAAGACCUAUGCCAGAAAUAUGGAGCUGUUGUAUAGAAAGAUGUGGCAGAAGUAUGUCAAUGGGGAGGAAGCUAGUCAUAUUGUGGACACUUCUAGACACAGGAAAGCAUUAUGAUGACCUCUAUAAAGCCCCAUCAAAGUGAUCUGUGACUCUCCCGGCCGUGGGAGCCGUUAUGAUAGUGCUGAGGAAGUCAACAAAUAGGACAGCUCCCUACGUGUGCGGACUGCCUAGUGUAUGCUGUAUUUAUAGGGAGUUAAUGAUUUAAUCAUUAUGCAUUGAUACCCCUUGUAAAUAUAUCCCAACAUAGAGACAUCAUACCAUCUUAUAUUUAUUUUUGUCAGUGUGUUUAUAUGUGUUAUGCAUAUUUACUAAUUGAUUCAUUAUUCAUUGAUUUAUCUGCUUUGCCUUCCUUAGAUGCACUUUAAUUUUUGAGUUUGGGUUCUAUUUUAAGACGUAUACUUUCAUUGAGUAUUGAAUAGUGAAGAAGUUGCAUGUGGACUUGGAUAAGCCUGAGCAAGUGUUGAGUAUUCCUUGAUCAAGAUGAUGUAAUUGCUGGUGUACUCUGAUGAUGUAAUUGCUGGUGUACUCUGAUGAUAUAAUUGCGAGUGUACUGAUGAUGUAAUUGCGGUUGUAUUCUGAUGAUGGGUGUGACAGUCCUUACAGAGAUAUAUGUGUGUUAAUACGGGGAAGCACAGCCCCACCUACUUUUGUAUGAACCACAUGAAAUGCAGCAUGCACCGCUGUUGACAAAUGUACGCAGAAUUUUAUCCAUUUGUUUGUUAAUGUCUGAGAAAUAAAAGAUAAACAAAGGUU